AACACCUCUAUGUGUCGUCGGAACCUUCUAGAAUAACCAAAAAUCCCAACGGACGUCUUUCCUGCAACUCUCCUGCCUCCCUGCAAUUUUGGCUCCAGAUCUGCUGCGAGUAGCAUCUUCAGUCAAUUAAGGUGAGAAGCGAUGACUCCACCGCCGAUAGAGCGGAACGGUGGAGAAUCAACGGCCGGUGAAACGGCGAGGUCUGUCCCGACGCCGUUUUUAACAAAGACGUAUCAGCUCGUCGAGGAUCCUUCCAUCGACGACGUUGUCUCUUGGAACGAAGACGGAUCUAGCUUUAUCGUAUGGAAUCCGACGGAGUUUGCUAGAGAUUUGCUUCCUAAAUAUUUUAAGCAUAACAAUUUCUCUAGCUUCGUUCGGCAGCUCAACACCUAUGGAUUUCGGAAAGUCGUACCUGAUCGAUGGGAAUUCUCAAACGACUGCUUUCGGAGAGGUGACAAAAGUCUGUUACGCGAUAUCCAACGUCGGAAAGUAGUCACGCCGAUUGCUACUCCUUGCGCAGCUGUAACAGCGGUCGUGACCGUUGCUGCUCCGCCUGCUCAGCCACCACGGCCUGUAAUAUCUACCUCGGAUUCCGGUGACGAGCAAGUCGUAUCUUCAAAUUCAUCUACAGGUGGCACAGCGGGGCUGCUGGGAGAAAACGAACGGUUAAAGAAAGAGAAUUUACAGCUCAACAAAGAGCUGAGCCAAAUGAGGAGCCUCUGCGGCAAUAUAUACUCUUUGAUGUCUAAUUACGCAGACUCUUCCACCAGCGGUAAUCAGUCGGCGGAGAGUAUUUCACCGGCGGUAAAGCCACUUGAUCUCUUACCGACAAAACGGUCUGUUGAUGAAUCGGAUAUUAAUAUGGCCGCGGGCGAUGUCGGGAACCAGGCCGAACCCGAGGAUAUUCGGACAAGAUUAUUCGGCUUCUCUAUAGGUAUGAAACGAGUGAGGGAUGGCGAUGAAGCAAGGGCGGAGCAUGAUCAGGAAUUACGCCUGCAACAGCCGGGGCAUGACGUGAAAUCAGAACCGUUAGAUGAGGAAAAUGGCUGUGAAAAUGAAGAGAGAUCGUGGCUGAUACAUUGCAGUGGACGAAAUCAAAGGGUGUGUAAUGAUAGUGAGGAUGAUGUGUGUAACUUAGAUUAGAUUAGACGUUAGAGAUUAGACGAUCUUAAAUUAAAAGAGCUCUAGAUUAAACAGGUGUGAAUUGUGAAUUGUGACUGCAUAUGUACGAGGAGGCGCACGUGCUAAAUCACGUGAUACCAUGUGAGGACUAUCUUCAAGAAGCUUCGUUGAGGACCUUCUGAUUUCUUUCGCUCUUUACCGUCAUUUUCGUUGUAGCCAUAAAAAACGACUCCUUUCCCUCUUUUGGGAAGAUGGUUGACAAUUGUUUGAGAAGGUUCUUUGAAAAAAUUCCUUAUUAAAAAUAAUAAAAAGGAAAGUACGCUUAUGUCCUU